GGAAUUUAAAUGGCCAAGUGGGGAGAAGGAGAUCCACGCUGGAUUGUUGAAGAACGAGCCGAUGCAACAAACGUAAACAAUUGGCAUUGGUCGGAGAAGAAUGCAACCCCGUGGUCUUUGAACCGACUCCGUGAACUUCUCACCGGAUUUUCGUCCGAGGAUGGCCCAAUUGUCGUGACAAUCGAUGAGAUCAAAAAGAUCGACGGAGAAGCAACGGCAAACAACCGGAAGGCUAAGCUCAUCUUCCUUUUUGAAUGGGUUAUCGAAGGAACAUUCAUUGCUCGUGUUUCUGGCAGUGAAGACGAAUAUAAAGGAACUUUCGAUAUCCCAAACUUGAGUGAUGAGAACGAUGCAUCCGAAGUGGAUGUGAAUUCGUCAUUGAGUGGAAAUGGCCCAAUGGCUCAUCAAAUCCGCCAAGUUCUUAACAAAUCGUUCAUUGCAAAGAUUCAAGAUGUUAUGGGAAUCUAUAUCCGUGAAUUGAAGGAAGAAUUCAGCAAGGGUCUCAUUCUGCCAACUGAUAAAGUGAAGCCACAAGUCGUUACUACUGGAAAGACUUCAGUCGUUGACAAACGUCAGUUCCAAAACACUGUUGUCGCGGAAAAGGACGCUUCCACUUCUGGAAAUGAAGUGUUCUCCACCAAAGAGGUUUCAACUUCCGAUACCUACAAGGCCACACCGGAUAGAGUUUUCGAGGCGCUCACAGAGACUCAAUUCGUUCGUGGAUGGACAAACAAUUCGAUCGGAGAGUGGAAUUUCAAGGAAGGAGGAUCAUUUGCAUUGUUCGGGGAAAACGUGACUGGAACAUUCGAGAAGAUUGAGCCGAACAAGGAGAUUGUGAAGAAAUGGCGACUGAAAAAGUAUCCAAACAAUCAUCAUGCAACCAUCCAUUUCCAGUUGAAAGAUACUGGAUCUGGAACGGAUAUCAAAAUCAUCGCUAAAGAUGUUCCAACUCAUCUCGCUGAAGAAACUCAACAAGGACUCGAUCGUUACUACCUUUCAAGCAUUGGUCGUACUUUCGGAUUCAGCCAGCGAAUGUGAAAAAAUGAAAAAUUGCAAAUCUCCUGUUUUUGAUGUUCUCCGAUCUUCUAAACCGCUUUCUCAAUUUAUUUAUUUUAUAUCAAUCUGUGUUUGUGUUCUAAAUUUAGUGAUAAUAUUUUCAUAAAUUCAACAGAUUCUG